CUUUUGUUAAGAAAAGUACGUGUAUAAGUAUAAAAAUUUAACUAUUUAUGUAUAUAUAAUAUUAUACAAAUAGGAGAUUAUUUUUAUUUAAUUAAUAACAGUUCUGGAAUUAAGACAUUCCUUCUUCCCAGACGAAGUUUUAUUUUUUAAUAUUACACUAAGAAAAAUGCAUGUAUACUUAUUCGAAUGUUUCAAUGUUAAUAGGCGUGGAUGAGUAUGACGUUUCUCCAGAAGGAAGGACGUCGUCAGCGUUAUCAUUGCCUAUGACGAUGCCAUUGAAAAGAAUCGGUAACAAGCCGAUCCGUAGAUAUGAAGAAUGGGACGAAAAAGGCAAAGAUUCCAAGAUAUCUAAGAUAUUUCAGUUGACUGUGACAGCUCUAUCAUUUCUAGCUUUUGGCGGAUACUUGCUAACUCUGAUCAUCACGGCUAUAAGGCGCAAUCAAAACAAUAAUAACCAGUCAAACGUCAUCGUACUCUCGAGUUUGCAAAAGAUUAAACGACCAAAGCGAAAUCUCUACAUGUAUGAUCCUCUAGAAUACGAUUGCGACGUGGAACAUCUGUACAGAGGAAUGAUUAUGCUAUCAAGUGAUUACAGUAGUCAUUCAAUAAAAAAUCGAUUUUAAGUGUAUUUACUAUUUUAGAAGAUAUUACAUAAAAUUCACAUACAAAUGAGUAAAUAGAACGUUAUUCAAGAAA